GAUAGCCACUGUGACAUGCGCUAGUCAAGAUUCACUUGGAGUUCUCAAUUAUCAUGUUUCACGUGAUAAGCGAAGACUUGCUAGGAAUCAUGGGCAAGCCUCUUUCUGAUCUGGCAACAUGGUCAAACGGGCAGUUUUUCUAUUCAGUCCUCGGAGAGAACAUCUGUCUUGAGGAGUUCUAUUUGUAUUGAGUGAAGUGUUAUUAUGUAUCAUUGGAUUAUGUGUUUGAUAUUGCAUCAUCAAUGCCAAGUCAUAAGAAAUUUUGCCAACACAGAGGAUAGCAUCAAGGAAAUACAAGGACAGAAAAAAGAGUGGGAAGAAGGAACUCAUACCCAAGCUGAGAUUGAGGAGUACAUGGCCACAAAGGAAAAAAAAAGGCUGUAUGCAAGAGACUAUUACUUUAAAAAAAAAGGCAUAUGCUUCUCGUCAAACACAGAACAGUUUGGUGCCACACCAACCACUUCAAAGCCAGAAAAAAACAAAACUGAAAGAAUUUUCGCCAAAUGAGCGUUGGAAAUAUUUUUCCAGUCAGCUAUAAGGUACAAUCUAAAUUUUUAAAAUUUAUUUGGCCUUAAAUUCAUUAGUUUUAUGUGUAGGCCUACUGUAAUAAAAUGUAUAUAUAUAUAUUUCCUUCUUAUGACCUUUUUUUGGUUGUAAGCAAAAAGAGAGGAAAAGAAAAAUGCGCGAGGAAGCUAAGUUGCUUAGGCUGGCUAACAGUCCUGUUAGCACUUGUGAUGGGACAAAGCUUCUAAAGUAGUCAACUUACAAUUUGAAUUAUGAAGUAAAUAUAUAUUCUCUUUAUCCUAGUAUAAUAAAUAAUAUGAUACUUCACCUUAAUUCUAUUUUACUAUUUUUC